AUGGCGGAGUCCGGCGGGGCCGAGUUCGGCGCGGAGCGGCCGAGCAGCAUGGCUGACAAGAACAGCACCCUGAAAUGCACGUUCUCUGCUCCUGGCCACAGCACCACGCUGCUGCAGGGACUGGCCUCGCUCCGAGCCCAGGCUCAGCUGCUUGAUGUCAUCCUCACUAUAAAUAAUGAAGUGUUUCAGGUUCAUAAAGUUGUCUUGGCUGCCUGCAGUGACUAUUUCAGGGGUGCAAACCUUUACCCCCAGCCACCCCUGGGCAACAAAACCCUCUGGAAGGGGCUGGAAAUGGCCUCAAACCCCACCAGUGCAGCCCUGGCCUCACAGCCCUCGGUGUGUUCCUUCCUUGUGCUCCCAGAUCCUAAACCUGAAACCCUUCAGGGUCCAGCUCCUGAUCUCUGCUGGUGCAGAUCCCGUGGGUUCGUUUUUGUUGCUGGAUAUCACGGAUUCAUUGGUGUCCAGAAUUGUUCACUCCCUGCUCUGGCAGCUCUGCCUCUUCCUGGAGCUUGGUCCUGUGGUGCUCUUAUUCCUGCUGCCACUGGGAUUGAAAAACUUCUCCGGUUGCUGAAUAUUCCUCCUCAGUGCACUGUUUAUGCAAGCCUUAUGGCCAUGUUCACGGGCGGGAUGAGAGAAGCCAGCCAGGACGUGAUCGAGCUCAAAGGUGUGUCUGCCAAGGGCCUGAAGCACAUCAUUGACUUCGCCUACAGCGCCGAGGUCACCCUGGACCUCGACUGCAUCCAGGACGUGCUGGGAGCCGCCGUCUUCCUGCAGAUGGUGCCGGUGGUGGAGCUGUGCGAGGAGUUCCUCAAGUCUGCCAUGAGCGUGGAGACGUGCCUCAACAUCGGGCAGAUGGCCACCACCUUCAGCCUGGCAUCCCUUAAGGAAUCCGUGGAUUCCUUCACCUUCAGGCACUUCCUGCAGAUCUCCGAGGAGGAGGAUUUCCUCCACCUGCCCUUGGAGCGCUUGGUGUUCUUCCUUCAGAGCAACAAGCUCAAGAGCUGCAGCGAGAUCGAGCUGUUCCGCGCCGCCGUGCGCUGGCUGCAGUUCGACCCCGCGCGCCGCGCCAGUGCCAGCCAGGUGCUCUGCCACAUCCGCUUCCCUCUGAUGAAAUCCUCGGAGCUGGUGGACAGCGUGCAGACCCUGGACAUCAUGGUGGAGGACGUGCUGUGCCGACAAUACCUGCUGGAAGCUUUCAACUACCAGAUCCUUCCUUUCCGGCAGCACGAGAUGCAGUCCCCGCGCACGGCCAUCCGCUCGGACGCGCUGUCCCUCGUCACCUUCGGUGGCACCCCCUACACCGACAACGACCGCACCGUCAGCUCCAAGGUUUUCUGCCUGCCCGACGCCGCCGGCCGCCAGUUCCGCGAGCUCACCGAGAUGGAGGUGGGCAGCAGCCACUCCUGCGUGGCCGUGCUGGAUAAUUUUGUCUAUCUGGUAGGAGGGCAGCAGCUGCAGUACCGCAGCGGGGAGGGCGCCGUGGACGUCUCCUAUCGCUACGAUCCCCACCUCAACCAGUGGCUGCGUAUCCAGGCCAUGCAGGAGAGCAGGAUCCAGUUCCAGCUCAACGUUCUCCGAGGGAUGGUUUACGCCACGGGCGGCCGUAACCGCUCGGGCAGCCUGGCCUCGGUGGAGAAGUAUUGCCCCAAGGACAACGAGUGGACCUACGUGUGCUCCCUGAAGCGCAGGACGUGGGGCCACGCCGGGGCCACGGCGGGGGACAGGUUGUACAUCUCGGGGGGAUACGGGAUCUCCGUGGAGGACAAGAAAGCUCUGCACUGUUACGACCCCGCCGCGGAUCAGUGGGAGUUUAAGACUCCCAUGAACGAGCCCAGGGUGCUGCACGCCAUGGUCAGUGCCAACAGCAGGAUUUACGCCCUGGGAGGCCGUAUGGACCACGUGGAUCGAUGUUUUGAUGUCCUGGCUGUGGAAUAUUACGUCCCCGAGACGGACCAGUGGACCACGGUGAGCCCGAUGCGCGCGGGGCAGUCGGAGGCAGGCUGCUGCCUCUUGGAAAAAAAGAUUUACAUCGUGGGGGGCUACAACUGGCACCUGAACAACGUGACCAGCAUCGUGCAGGUCUACAACACAGAGACGGACGAGUGGGAGAGGGAUUUGCACUUCCCAGAGUCUUUUGCUGGCAUUGCCUGUGCCCCCCUCAUCCUCCCGCAGGUGACGAGCCAGAGGUGACUCUGGGGUUGUGGGGCAGGGAAAAGGACAAAACUGCUCCAGUUCCCUGCUCCAGAAAGUCCCUCCUGCUGCUGGGGAGUGCUGGCAAGGCAGUUCCAUCAGCAGCACUUGUCAGCCAGGCAGACUGAACAGAUGUUACAGCUGGGAAAAGCUUUUCUCUCUUCUCUUCUCUUCUCUUCUCUUCUCUUUCUUUCUUUUUUUUUUUUUUUUUGUGGGGGGUGCAUUUUGCCAAUUUUUCCUAUUUUUAACGGAGUCACGCACUGCAAACAUUGGCAGCUCAGGAGUAAUUCAGCACUGGGGUCUUGUUUCCAAGAGAUCAGGUGGGUUUGUUUUUUUUUUUUUAAUCAAUAGCUCUGAAAAAUAAAAAUCAUUGUGCAUUGCUUUGUUGGUUUUUUAGCAAAACAAACAAACAAACAAAAAAAACCAAAAAAAAAGCCAGAAACAAAACAAAAAACAAAACAAACAAAAAAAAAAAAACAAAACCAAAAAAAAACCAAACCAAAACCUGUGUAACACACUGACCUCCAGAAGCAAUAAAAGGACAGUAGGAGCUACAAGAGCUCAGGUGCUCGGGUUGGAAAAGCAGAUCCCUGUUUUUCAAAGGUGGCUUUUCCUUCCCUGGAAAAGGGAAUAUUUAUCCCUGCACACCUCUGGUCUUCAGGGCUUGGAUCACGCUGCAAUUCCUCACCCCCUCCAGCUCCUCCAGUGCAGA